GUCGACUUGUGCAGAAUGUUACAUAUAUGAGCCUACAAUAUGUCAGUUUCUCCGAUCUCAAGUCGGAAGGAGGCAUCAUCCCUUUCUUGAUCAUGUUCCCUCGACUUUCCAAAUUGAACCUAUCGGGCGUUGGCAUAACGUGGUUGGCGGCAGAGGAGACUUUGACAGAAGACGAUUUCACCGAUGAAGACCUUAACAUCACAAGACGGCUGGAGUACCUACACCUUGGCGGCAUCUGCGGUGAUAAUGACUUUGGCACGGCGGAGGACCUUGUGGAGUGGUUUCAGUGUAUUCCUGUCAGAGCAUUCCAUCCCAAUUUCAAGCUCAAGAUCGAGUUCCCUCCUCUCAGGUCAGUGACAAUUGUCCCGGAUCUCGUGAGGUCCAUGCGUGGGGGUUUGAAGCGUUUGCGUGUCGGCCCUGUUGGAUCUGGAUAUUCUGUAGAUAACUGGCAGAUUGAUAUAGAUGUCGUUGAUAUUUCAGAGAAUGUGGCCUUGGAAGAUCUUUCACUUCACAUGUCUGAUCCAUAUCAGCAAUGGGAAUGGGUUGAACGUAUCCUCCGUCAAGCCUUGUCCUCGCGUGCACCUCUGCGGAAACUCAAGCUAACAGUCGAAAGAAGUACUGACUCGCUGGACCACAUUUCAAUCAAUUUCCGUGUUCUCGACGAGAUAUGUACACAUUUUGGGCGACUUGAAGAGGUGGUGAUUUAUAUCGGGGGGCGGGGACAGGUAGCUUCCCGCAAUCGGCUGCGCACGAAGAUGCCACUUCUUAACAAACGAGGAAUUCUGACGCUCUUACCAGAUCCUUACGUUGACCGUGAGAUAAUAGUGGAUUAUGCUGCCAUGGCGCAUGAAUAGGUAGAUAACACAUGUACCCUGGGGUGUUGUCAGUACGAAAAGCAAGAUCCAAAUUAUUGUUAGGAUCCGGGCGUUCAUGAUUGAAGUAAUUAGUAGAUCAAGUUAGCAUGUCGUCGAUCGAUCACCGCAGAUGGAUGGACCAAUGGGAGGGCGAGGCCCGGUAUCAGGCAAUCAUGCCUGUCCUUUCUACCACGGCGAAGCGGUGGGCCCUCACUGGCUGUAGGAGAUCUUUUGCCACCCGUUCUUCUUUACCCGAGAAGGACUGCUCCUCUAUCACUCCUCCGUAUUCGCAACUCCUCGAUAAUGUCUCCGCUGUACGCAACAUCUUGGGCGGCAGACCUUUGACACUUGCAGAAAAGAUUCUCUACAGUCAUAUCCACAACCCAGCAGAAACUCUGUCGGAUGGAAAGAUUAUAAGGGGACAAACGUACUUGCAGCUCAAGCCCGAGAGGGUUGCAAUGCAAGAUGCAUCCGCACAAAUGGCACUGCUGCAAUUCAUGAGUGCAGGCAUGAACCGUUGUGCUGUUCCUGCCAGCAUCCACUGUGACCACUUGAUUCAGGCUGUUGAGGGAGCUGAAUCCGAUUUGCAACGGUCUAUUGUGACGAAUAAAGAGGUUUUUGACUUCUUGGAAAGUGCUGCUCGCAAAUACGGUAUCGAAUUCUGGAGACCAGGAUCCGGAAUCAUCCAUCAGAUUGUGCUCGAGAACUAUGCUGCGCCUGGAAUGCUCAUGCUAGGGACAGACUCACAUACACCAAAUGCCGGCGGUCUGGGCAUGCUAGCAAUCGGUGUCGGUGGUGCAGAUGCCGUUGACGCAUUGACGGGCACACCUUGGGAACUCAAGGCACCUCAAAUUGUUGGUAUUCAUCUCACGGGUAAACUCAAUGGCUGGGCGACACCGAAGGAUUUGAUUUUACACCUUGCUGGUAAACUGACAGUUCGAGGUGGUACUGGUCGUAUUCUAGAAUACUUUGGUCCUGGCGUCUUCAAUCAGUCUUGUACCGGUCUUGCAACUGUCGCGAACAUGGGUGCUGAAGUCGGAGCAACCACAUCAACCUUUCCAUACACACCGAGUAUGCAGGCGUAUCUUCAGGCUACUGGACGCGCACCAGUUGCUCGUGCUGCGGACGAAGCUGCCUCCAAAGGUUUCCUCUCAGCUGAUGAAGGUGUGGAAUACGAUGAGGUUAUUGAUAUCAACCUUUCGGAGUUGGAACCUAGUAUCAACGGACCCUUCACCCCGGAUCUUGCCACCCCGCUCUCCAAAUUUGGUUCAGUGGUAGAAGAGAACGGUUGGAAAGAUGAGAUCUCUGCCGGUUUGAUUGGCUCUUGCACAAACAGUUCAUACCAAGACAUGACUAGUGUAGCCGACCUCGCCCGUCAAGCCAAAGCUGCUGGUUUGAAGGCCAAGGUUCCAUUCUUGUGCACACCUGGAUCUGAACAAAUUAGAGCAACUAUGGAACGGGAUCAAGUGACGGAUGCUCUUCAGGACGUUGGUGCUGUCGUGCUUGCCAACGCUUGUGGACCAUGCAUUGGACAAUGGAAACGUGAUGACAAGAAGGGUGAAGAGAAUGCCAUCCUGACCUCAUUCAACCGGAACUUCAAAUCACGAAACGACGGAAACAGCCAAACAAUGAACUUCCUCGCCUCACCUACUGUCGUGACCGCUAUGGCCUUCUCCGGAAAACUCUCCUUCAACCCCAUGACCGACUCCAUCCCACUUCCUAAUGGCCAAUCCUUUAAAUUCUCCCCUCCAACGGGUCAAGACCUCCCUGCCAAUGGUUUCACACCUGGACGCACUUCUUUCUACCCUGGGCCUACACCGGAACCUCAGCCUGAGACAGAGAUUAUCGUCAAACCGGAUUCGCAGAGGUUGGAGUUGUUGGAGCCAUUUGAGAGUCCUUUUGGUGAGAAGAAUGACAGAGGCUUGGAGCUGCCCUCUUUGAAAGUGUUGAUGAGGGUGAGAGGGAAGUGUACGACAGACCAUAUCUCUGCUGCUGGUCCGUGGCUCAAGUACAAAGGUCACCUCACUAACAUCUCGGAGAAUCUUCUGAUCACUGCUAUGAAUGACGAAGGAGGUGAUGUCAACGUCGCCUUCGAUCACGACCAUGACGCUUCACAAUCCGAAACCGAUACCAUUCCCAAUGUCGCGAAACGUUUCAAGGCUCGUAACCAACCCUGGGCUCUCAUUGUUGACGACAACUAUGGAGAAGGUAGUGCUCGUGAACACGCAGCGCUCCAGCCUCGGUUCUAUGGAUGCCUUAUGCUCAUUGCACGCUCAUUUGCUCGUAUUCACGAGACCAACCUCAAAAAACAAGGCGUCCUACCUUUAUGGUUCGCCGACAAGUCGGACUACUCUCGCAUCGACUCAGGGGACGUCGUCGAGACAGAAGGUCUUGCAGAUUUGCUUAACGGCAACCAAGACGCCACCAUCAAGUUGAAAGUCAUCAAGCGUAACGGUGAGACUUUCGAGGUCCCCACAAAACAUACCAUGUCCAAAGAUCAGCUCAAAUGGUUGCGGGCAGGUUCUGCACUGAACCACAUCAGGUCGCAGAUCCAAUAAAUUGAGCUAUUAUUCUUAGUCUCAUCAGGAUGUACACCUAGAUAUACAGGCAUUCACAAUAUCUAUAGCAUGGAAGGUACGGUAAUAUAUUGUCGGGUAUCCGAAUGUUGUGUUUCCGC